AUGUCAACACCAAACAUCCCCGACUUCUCCAUCGAACUACCAAGAUGCCAGUCCUGUCGCAAACCCUCACAUCUGACGAUCUGCAAACAAUGCGGCACGGAAAUCAAGAACAUAGACGGUCGCGAGUACCGGGGGAUGCGGAUGUACGAAUGGGUGAUGGGCGAGAGUAAUGAGGGAAAGGAAAGGGGAGGUUCGCAGACAACGUCGGUCUCGAAUGGGAGUUUGCAGAGUAGUUCGAGUUCGAACAGUACGAUGGGACAGCCGAUGGGAGGUGCUGGUAGGAUUGUGAAGAGGAGUGCGAUUGGGAGGGUGAAGAAGAUGUUUACAUCGUGGAAGGGGAUUGGGAAAUGA